AUGAUCCCAGCCCGUCCUUCAGUUGAAACAGGGUCUGUGCUGUUGGCUCGUUCACGAAGAAAAUCUUACGUUGAUCCUUUGCUGUUUGAUUAUUUCCCGAAGAAAUACGCUCCUCAGAGUGGAAAGUCCUUAGUAGGCGUUUUUCAGCCAUAUUCCUGUGAAUGCUCAGGAUUCAUAUACUCCAUAUUGAUGCAAUGCGUUCUUCCUAAAGACUUUAAUGGUUUUCAAUUGAACGGUUAUAACACACAUUGUCUUCUUAUUGAUUGUGGUGGUCGAUUUUGUGUAUCGCAGUUUACUGAUUUUGUUAAAAGUCACUUACAAAGUAAAAUUUCCACUUCAAAAUUUGAAAACAGUCAAUAUGAGUUGCUUAUAAGUGAGAUGUUAUCUAGAAUACAUAUUAUUCGUGUGUUUACUGACUGUGAACUCCUUCUGUCUGUAUAUGUUUCUCGAGAAGUUAUCAAAGUCCAUCCAGUAUCAUGUUUAAUAAUUAGUGCAGUGAAUGCAUUUUCCCACUUGGAAAGAUUACGAUAUACUUCAUGGCGAAAUCUGUCUAAUCAUCAUUCAAUUUUGAUGGGUGUUUUGCUUCGUUUGGUUGUGGAUUUUCAACUUCUUUGUAUUGCAACUAUGCGACACUUUCCUGAUGCUUAUUCGUCUAAAGGAUGUGACCACCCUAACAGUUCUGUAAAUAGUGAAGCACACGAAAUACUACGCCCAAGUGUUCUGCCAUUCACUGAAACAAAACCUGAUGACUGGUUAAAAUAUGUGACCCACAAAGUAGAAUUAUUUGACUGUCAAAAUUCUUUUGUUUCAUAUAUCAAGGAUGAAUCUGGUAUGAAAGUAAUCAAGGAUACAAGAGUCUCUAAUCCAUAG